AUGCACCAUCAUUGCCGCGCCCGUCUCGCCUCAGAUCCUGGCCUUCUUCCAUUCCAACAACCUGCUGUACCGCACCCUCCUCGUCACAAUCGGGAGCUGGGCGAGAUCUUCGCCCCUCUCGUCUGGGGCCCUCUCUCGGAGCUCUACGGUCGACGGUGGAUCUUAAACGAGGCGAACCUCCUCUUCACCGUGUUGCUUGCCGGCACAGCCCUGAGCACCAGCAGCCAGAUGCUCAUCGCCCUCUGGUUCCUCAGCAGGCUCGCCACGGCCUGUAUCCCCAUCGGCCCCGGCAUCGUGAAAGACCUGUUCCCCAAAGACCAACGCGGGCGCGCCAUGUCCGUCAUGUCGCUGACCAGUGUGGUCGGGCCCGUGGUCGGGCCCAUCGUGGGCUCGUAUCUGGGCGAACGCGCCGGCUGGCGCUGGGUCUUCCGGCUUCCGACGCUGCUCUCCGGCGCUCUAGGGCUGUUAAUUCUGAUAGUCUAUCGCGAGACAUACAAACUCACGAUCCUCAAAUGCAAGGCGGCUGCGCUACAACACAACCCACGCACAAACACCCACCACACCACAGCCUCCCCUCCACGCACAACAGCCAACACAAACAACCUCAUCCUCCUCCGCCCCCUAACCCUCCUCACCCACUCCCCGACCCUCCUCCUCGCAACCCUCCACCUCAGCCUCAUCUACGGCCUCACCUACCUGAUCAUGACAACCAUUGCCCCCGUCUUCCAAGACACCUACGCCUUCUCCGAGGGCGCCUCCGGCCUGGCCUUUCUAGGACUCUGUCUAGGCUUCACCCUCGGCGCCCUGCUCUGCAGCCUCCUCCUGGACCGCUACAUCACCCGCCGACGCAGCAGCCCUAGCCCCAGCUCGCAUGCAUCAGCGAGCCCAGAACAACGCCUCCCGCCGCUAUUCCUGGCGUGCGUACUCACCUCCGGCGGACUGUUCCUGUUUGGCUGGUCCGUUCACUACAGAAUCCACUACCUGGUCCCGAUCGUGGGGACGGCGAUGGUCGGGCUCGGGCUGGCGGCGACGUCGAUCACGGUGCAGACGUACGUGGUGAAUUCGUUCGGGGUGUGUGCGGUCAGUGCCAUCAGUGCGUUGAUGGUGGUGAGGAAUGUCACGGCCGCGGUGUUGCCGUUGGCGGGGCCGCCGCUGUUUCGGGCGGUGGGGCACGGGUGGGGUGAGACGGUGUUGGCGGGUGUGGGGUUGCUUGUGGUGCCGGUGCCGGGGGUGUUGAUGCGGUUUGGGGGGCGGUGGAAGAUGGGUGGAAGGAGGGGUGGUGGGGAUGGGGAUGGGGUGGGUGGUGGUGAUGGUGGAUGUGGUGUGGAAGGACACAGGGGGUAA